AUGACACUCUCCUUUAAUUCCUUAAACACAUUAAAUGGUAUUACUAUAACACAUUCUUUUUAUCAUUCACCGACAAGACAAAUUCUCGCCUUAAAUAUAAAAACUUUCAUUGCAUCAUAUCACUGUUUAAAAGUUUCAAGCAUAUUACAAAAACCAAAAAGUACGAAUACCAACUCUAGCAACACUUCGAAUUCACAAAUAAACUCGGUUACUACUUCCGAUUCACUAACAAACUUGACCACUACAUCAAAUUCACAAAAUAUUACAUCAUCAACCAAGAUAAUAUUAAAUUUUGAGGAGGAUCAACCUGUAAAAAAAGAUGAAAAUUCUAGAAAGCCAGCAUCGAUAAACACUAUAAUAAAAAGUUCAUUUGUUAAAGAAAAUGAUAUCCCAUGGACUGGAGAAGAAGAUUUAAAAGAUACAGUUUUGAGAAUGAUUGUUGACAAAUACCCUCCAUUGAAAAUCAAACGGGAAUCUGUUAAAGAUUAUAUUGAUGCACAUAGUUUCAAAUCUCAACAAAAUAGCACAACUAAUUUAUCAAAUUCUUUAAGUAAUCAUUCGAUAACAAACACUUCUAUACUAAAAUCAAAAGGUAGUGUACAGAUUAAGAAGGAAAAGCUUGAAAAAAUGCGAGAAAAGAAUCAAUCUCGCAUAAUAAAUGCACGAGAAGCUGCAACUGACUAUGCAAUCAGUAAAAAAUAUGGUGAUACUAAUGAACAACAACAAGAUAUAUUGCCAAAAAGUAUUAUGGCUUGGAAUUCAAUUGUUGAACAACGUAUUCAAGAAGCAAUUACAACAGGUAAAUUUAAGAAUUUGCAGUAUCACGGGAAACCAUUACCUUUGGAUGAGAACGAAAAGAACCCAUAUCUGGAUCGCACUGAAUUCUUGAUGAACCGACUUGUUCAGAGGCAAGGUGCCACACCAGCAUGGAUAGAAUCUCAAAAAGAUGUUGAACGAGAAAUAUCAUUGUUCAGACAAAGAAUGUUAGAAAGUUGGAUGCGUUAUGCCAAUUCUCACAAUAUCUCUUUGCAACUUCGAAACUCAGGAUGGGAAAAAAUGCAAUAUUCUUAUUAUGAGAAAGCUAUCGGAAAAUUGAACAAAAAUAUUAAAAAAGAAGAUACUAAAAGUAUAAAUAUAAUUAAUGAUGGGAUGAGAUUUGAUGAGUGGUUGAAUGAAGAUGAAGAGAAGGAAAAUAAGAAUGAUGAGAAUAAUAUUUGGAAAGGGUUCACUAAAAAUAUUAAAUGGUUAAUUGGACGUUAA